UGGGAUCAUAAUCUUUCUGCAUGUUUUAUCUGCUAUCACCAUUCUUUGUUUUCCUCCUUCUAAGUGUUCCAUUGACCUCAAGAAAAAUGUACUCGUGAUCGGCACUACAGGCUCACAGACCACCUUCCUUCCUGAGGGAGAGCUACCAGAAUGUGCCCGGUUGGCAUACGGUGCUGGGGCCAAUCGAGAGGAUGUGCGGCCAGAGGAGAUUGCAGACCAAGAAUUAGCUGAAGCCCUUCAAAAAUCGGUAGAGGAUGCAGAGAAAAGCGGUAAAGAAUCUACCUCACUGGGAAUGUCAUCAGUACCAACUUCAGAUGGAUUUAAUCAUCCAGCCCAUCCUUCAGGACAGAGUACCGAGAUUGGUAAUCCUACGAGUCUUGCUCGCUCUGUCUCUGCUUCAGUCUGCCCUAUCAAACCCAGUGACCCAGAAAGCAUUGAACCUAAAGCUGUGAAGGCUCUGAAGGCUUCAGCUGAAUUCCAGAUAAAUUCCAAAAAGAAAGAACAUCUUCCUCUGCAGGAUCACACUGAUCAUGCUUCUUCAGUGGACCAUGCCCCAGCAGACCAGAGUUCAGCUACGCCUUUGCAGAGUUCGCCCGAAGAAGCAUUUGUUGCAGAUGAUCUCGAGAAAUCUGCUGGAAAAAGCACCCAGGGCCUCAAAUUUCAUCUCCAUACAAGACAGGAAACUAAUUUAUCUGUCACAACUACUAGGAUGCAUGAACCACAGAUGUUUCUAGACGAAAAAGGUUGGCAUCCAGAAAAUCAGAACCUGACUCAAGUGAAUGGCCUUCAGCAGCAUGAAGAACCAGGGAAUGAACAAUAUGAGGUUGUACAACAGAAUGCUCCUUGUGACCAAGAACAUCUUUGUGACAUAGGGGACCUUGAACUUCCUGGAGAAAGGCAACAGAACCAACAAAAAAUUGUUGAUUUGGAACCUACAAUGAAAGGAGAUAGGCUACAGCAGAAUGUGGAUCUUCCAAGUACAAAGAAAAGUAUUCUACCUUCAGGAUGCUUUGGCUGCUCAAAUUCAGAAACACUUAUGGAAAUAGAUGUUGUUGAACAGUCCCUAGUUGCUGUGCUUAAUUCUGCAGGCAGUCAGAAUGCCGAUGUCAAGAACAUCAGUGUGUCGGAUCUCUCUUUAGAUAAUCCUUUGAUGGAAAUAGAAACAUCAAAAUGUAACCCUUCACCUGAAAUUUUGGAUUCCAUUUCCACUCAAGAUUCACAGCCCCCAGAAAGUAACAUUGAAAGGUCCGGAACAAAUAAAGAAUAUGGCGAUUACUCCCCGUCUCUGAGUGUCUGUAGCAAUUGUCAGCCCUCUGUGGAGUCAACAGAAGAAUCUUGUUCAUCUAUAACAGUAGCCUUGAAAGAACUUCAUGAACUUUUGGUUAUUAGUAGUAAACCAGCUUCCGAAAAUCCAUCUGAAGAAGUUAUCUGUCGAUCAGAAGCAGUAGCAGAUGGCCAAACUGGUAUUAAGGGCCUUUCUGAAAAAUGUACCCAAAACGAGCAUCUUACCCAGGAUGAACAGUGUCCACAAGUCUCCUUUCAUCAGGCCAUAUCUGUGUCAGUGAAGGCAGAGAGAUUAACAGGCACUUCACCUGGCACUGGAAUAGAAGAUGUAGAAAAUAUAAACUCCGGGGGUCCAGGUGAUGGCCUGUCAAUUGAUAAGGAAGGUGUCCCCAAAUCUAGGGAAUCAAAUGAGAACAGUUCUGUCACUGUAACCUCAGCUAAAACGUCUAAUCAAUUACACUGCACCUUAGGUGUAGAAAUUUCACCCAAACUUUUAGCAGGUGAGGAGGAUACACUCAGUCAGACUUCUGAGCAAACUAAGUCUUUGUCAUCCAGUUUCAUAUUGGUUAAAGACUUGGGUCAGGGCAUACAAAAUCCAGUAACAGACAGACCUGAAACCGGAGAAAAUGUCUGUCCUGAAGCUGCGAGGCCAUUUCUUGAAUGUGUACCACCUACCAGCCAUCCAUCAUCAAGUCCCUCCAUUCUUCCACCAUUAAUUUUUCCUGCCACAGAUAUUGACCGGAUUGUCCGUGCUGGCUUUACUUUGCAGGAAGCUCUUGGGGCUUUGCAUCAAGUUGGUGGAAACGCAGACCUUGCACUUCUUGUUUUGUUAGCAAAGAACAUCGUAGUUCCUACGUAACUAUGGGAAAGUGGGCUAGACCAUACUCCAUUCCCUUAAAAAAAAAAAGAAAAAGAAAAAAGCUCUCUCUAUAUACACACGUACACACUCACCACAUAUACAGUAUAUGUAGAAACCUGCAAGCAGAAUGUUGAGCCAGAUUUUUUUUAAGAGAUUUUUUUCGGCCAAAGUAAUUUAUGAUCUAUUGUCUGAUGAAUUUGUCUAUUCUCUUUGUUAAAAUUUGGGCCUUUUUAAAUGUAUUGGCAAUAUGUGCAUACAAAGCUUUUUAUUCUCAUUACGAUGAUGUAUUCUGGAAUAAAAUGGAUGGUUUUGUGU